CGAUCGACUUCUUCGGCGUCUGCUCCUACUACGACAUGGACAACACGAACGAGUACCUCUCCAACGCGGUCCUCGCCCACAACUACAGCGAGCCGAACGCGGCGGUGCACGAGGCGGCCACGGUCGCGUCCGGCGGCCUGGCCCUCCCCCACGGCCGCACGUGGGGCCUCCACCUCUGCCUCCCGCAGAACGACACGGAGCACCCGUACCCCUGCACGAUCAGCGCGGCGCCGCAGGAGUUCUACGGCAACGGCGAGCUCUCGGACUUCAUGAUCCUCGACCCGCUCGGCUUCAUCCACAACCCCAUCCAGGACGAGACGGAGAUCUGCGCGAAGCACACCGAGGGCCUCUGCGACUGGUCGAACUCGGCCGUGGAAGUCACCGGCGAGUUCAAGUACGAGUACCCCGUCGACUCGCCGAUGGAAUGGUCGCCCUACGCGAAAGCGUACCCCGCGGUGGACAAGGACGACAUGGUCGCGGCGGCGCUCGGCCCGGGCGCGACGUGCGCGAACACGAUCGCGCACAACUGCUCCAUCUACGUCACCUACGCCUGCCCGGUCACCUGCGCGGCCUACCUGCCGCAGUACUUCCCCGACCACCACGCCGCCAACUAUUUCUACGACCAGAACAACCUGUCGAUGGCGAUCUGGGACGGCUACACGUGCGCGGACAACCUCCCGUACUGCUACGACCCGGCGACCGUGCUCGUCUGCCCCGAGACCUGCGACGGCUGGUCCCAGCCCACCGAGAAGCCCACGCCCGCGCCCACGAGCGCGCCCACCAACUCCACGCUCGCGCCCACGGCGUCGCCCACCAACUCCACGCUCGCGCCCACGGCCACGGCCCUUACCCCCAAGGUCCGGGGCUGCGGCCGGGCCGCGCUCGCGUCGGAGGCGAAGUGCAACAAGAACAAGCGGUGCAAGUGGGUCUUCGGGUCGCACGCGUGCAUGUCCGACUGCGCGCUCGCGAACAAGAAGAAGUCCAAGUGCAACAACAAGAAGCACUGCAAGUACAACAAGAUCACGAAAAAGUGCAAAAACAAGAAGCACGUGUGCAAGUACAAAACGAAGAAGGCGCACUGCCGCGCGGACGAGACCUGCGGCGUCAAGAAGCGCAACGACCCGAAAUACGACGCCAAGGGCAACCGCGUCAUCAAGUGCCGCACGCUCAAGGAGUAGUCGCGACAAGCGCGACAAGCACGACGCCGGCCGCGCGCGCCCCCGAGGCGCCGCCGCCGCUCCCGAUCUGGAACCCCAUGUACGAUAACAGCUAAAGCUGCGCACGCAUU